GCAGCAGACGCUCAGUGCUGCUCUCAGUGUGCAGAGCGGAGCGGGGGAGGAGGACCGACGGCACAGUAGUUAUGCCUCAGCUCCGGGAAUAUAUAUCUCCCCUCUGUCUCUCUCUCUCUCUGUCAAGCGCGCUGUUUUUUUUCUCUUCUCACUUUUACCUGUCUCCUUUCUUUUGGAGAAGGCGGUAAGGAAAGCCAGCCGUGCGUCAUGGUGCGUCUUUGCGCAUUAUUUCUGGAUCUUUAAAAAAAAGUGAUUUAUUUUGCCUGGACUAAAAUGAAGCGCUUUUCCUGUGUGAAGGAGAAGAGAGGUGGCGUUUCGCUGUCCGUGUCUCUCCCUGAAUAUUUGGCUGCAGCUGCUGGUGAUCUGCGUGAAGACACUGAAUAAAUCGGCGCUCUCAAUAAGCGACCAUUUUUGGCUGUAAAAAUGCUGAGCGGCGUCCUCUUGCUGAGCGUCCUCACGGUCACCAGCUUGUCACCGUCCGAAACGGAGAGCCGCAAAACUUCAGCCUCCAAAGAGAUCUGCAAGAGCCGCUGCAGCUGUGAGGAGCGGGAGAACAUCCUCAACAUCAACUGUGAGAAUAAAGGAUUUACCACCGUCACUCAGUUCCAAGCGCCCCCAAAUAAAAUCUCACAGCUUUUUCUAAAUGGGAACUUUCUGUCACGGCUCAGCGCCAAUGAAUUCGUCAGUUAUGGCAAUGUCACCUCACUGCAUCUGGGGAAUAACGGCUUGCAGGAGAUCCGAACAGGCGCCUUUAAUGGGCUGCGCUUCCUGAAGCGGCUCCACUUGAACAACAACAACCUGGAGGUGAUCAAAGAGGACACCUUUGCAGGGCUGGAGAGUUUGGAGUAUUUACAGGCAGACUAUAAUUACAUCAGCGCCAUAGAGCCGGGUGCUUUCAGUAAGCUGAAUAAGCUAAAAGUGUUGAUCCUAAAUGACAACCUGCUGUUGUCUUUGCCUCCCAACAUUUUCCGCUUUGUGCUCCUCACCCACUUGGAUUUACGUGGCAACCGGCUCAAGAUGCUGCCGUUUGCUGGGGUUUUAGAGCACAUAGGCGGCAUCAUGGAGAUCCAGCUGGAGGAAAACCCAUGGAAUUGCACUUGUGAUCUGAUUCCCCUCAAAUCCUGGUUGGAUACUAUUUCUGUCUUUGUGGGGGACAUAGUGUGUGAGACACCAUUCAGGCUGCAUGGUAAAGACAUCACCCAGCUCAUAAAGCAGGAUCUGUGCCCACGCAGGAAUGCUGGGGACCGUGUUCAACCCCCCUCUGACUCUCACUUUCAAGGGGCCCUGCCCCCGACCUACCACCCUGGCAUGAUAACCCCCACCCGUUCCCCAAAAGCUUCCCGCCCACCCAAAAUGCGCAGGCCUACCCCUCGCAUCACAAAGGACAAACAAGUCUUCGGGCCUAUAAUGGUUUACCAGACGCGCUCCCCCGUGCCCAUGCUAUGUCCCAGCGUGUGCGUGUGCACAUCACAAAACCCUGACAGUGGAUUGAACAUAAAUUGCCAAGAGCGGAAGUUGCAUAACAUCAGUGAGUUGAACCCUAAGCCCUCUUAUCCAAAGAAACUUCACCUGACUGGUAACUACUUACAAGUGAUUUACAGGACUGAUCUCACUGAGUACAGCUCGCUGGAGCUGCUUCAUUUAGGAAAUAACAGGAUUGCAGUGAUUCAGGAAGGAGCAUUUGAAAAUCUAACAAACCUCAGACGGCUCUAUCUGAAUGGGAAUUACAUUGAAUCGCUUUCUCAAUCCCUCUUUGCUGGCCUGCAGUCACUCCAGUAUCUGUAUUUGGAAUAUAACAUAAUCAAAGACAUUUUACCACAAACGUUUAACUCACUGCAUAACCUUCAGCUGCUUUUUCUAAACAACAACCUGUUAAGAUCCCUCCCUGACAAUGUUUUCGGUGGUACCAUGCUAACGAGACUCAACUUAAGGAAUAAUCAUUUCUCCUACCUACCGGUUCGUGGGGUGCUGGACCAGCUGUCAGCAUUUAUCCAGAUUGACCUUCAGGAGAACCCCUGGGACUGCACCUGUGAGAUUGUGGCACUCAAAAAUUGGAUGGAGUUGUCCAGUACCAGCGUAGUGGUUAAUGAAAUCACUUGUGAUUCACCCUCUAAACACGCGGGUCGCCUGCUGCGCUCGCUUCGCAAUGAGGCCAUCUGCCCUGAGCCCAGUGAGGUGCCCCCACCACAACAUGCACCCCCUACAAAAGCCCCCACGUUAAUAAGCCCUGGCACUGUGGUCACCACUCCUUCCUCUUCUUCCUCUUCUUCUUCCUCUUCUUUUUUUAGCUCCAUCAGCCCCACUGAAUCCCGAAUCCACACUCCUGAGUUACACCCUGAGGUCCCACUUUCAGUUCUGAUUCUUGGGCUCCUUGUUGUUUUCAUCCUCUCAGUCUGCUUUGGUGCAGGCCUCUUUGUUUUUGUUCUAAAGCGGCGCAAAGGGGUGGAACACGUCCCCACAGGCGCCAACAAUCUAGAUCUCAACUCUUUUCAAGUGCAAUAUGGCUCCUACACUCCUGAACUGACCCAAGACAAAACCUCAGAAAGCCAUGUUUACAAUUACAUCCCCCCACCUGUGGGCUCCAUGUGCCAAAACCCUAUUUACAUGCAGAAGGAUGGUGAACAGGUGGCAUAUUACCGCAACCUGAAGGAGCUCAGCUUUGGGCCCCUGGACGCAAAGAAGGAUGUCCUCACACGCAGCCCAGGGGCUUACACCAUCAGCACAAUGGAUUUUAUGGAUAAAUCUCCAACAUCGUGCGGUUUGACCACUCCAGAUCCUCCUGAGAUGUUGUAUCAAAACUUGGGGGAGAGGCCCCACAAGGAGCUUCCCACAGCUGCAGGUGCCCCCCCUUUCCAUUACAAUUUUUGCACUUUACCUAAGAGACCUUGCAUCGUGCCCCCCUAUGAGGCUGCUACAGCCCGGCGGCAUAUCACCAAUCAGGACAGGUUAAACAAAACUGUGCUUUAUGGGACCCCCAGGAAAUACUACGGGGCCGAACAUUCCUCCAAAAACAAUGAGCACCCACUUCUGCUCCCUGGGAAGCUAAAAACAGAACCAGACUACCUGGAGGUUCUGGAGAAACAGACUGCGAUGAGCCAACUGUAAGAUAGUGACAAUGCCCCCCCCUCCCUCCCCUUAGGUUCUGUGCAGCAUUCAUAAUAAUCACGCAGUUAUUGUCAUAAUAGCCCUCUCUAUAUAUCUAUCUUAUCUAUAUGUGUUCAAUCCUUCAUGAUUGACUGGAAAUGAAUCCUUUGAUGAUCUUUUUUCUCUCUUCCUUUUCUUCUCUUUCUUUUUUGUUAAGAUGUAUAAACGGAGUAUAAGAAGUAUAUUAUUAUGCAGUUCUAUUUCUUUUUCUCCUGGGAGGUAUAAAUUAUUACUUUUUUUUUUGUUGAAAAUGAAAUUCCAAAAGACUUUGAUGGCAGGUAUACAAUGGGCAGGACUGCAUACAAAAACAGCUUUGUGCUUUUCAUAAAACUGUAUUUUAUUUUCCCUGUGGAAAACAGGAAAAAAAGUAUGAAAUAAUUAUUCUUUGUAGAAGAGGAAAUGCUACAGAUUGACAUUCCUGUACAUACUUAGCAUACACAGAUAAAUGGUGAGUGUUAAAAGAGAACCUUUUCAAAAUCCAACAAGUGGCAAACUCUUACUAUAGUUACUCCAGAAAGUGCCUUUGCACUCAACUAUUUUAUCAACAAUGCUCUCUGCAAAUGUUCCUUAUUUUGAAAGUGCUGUAUUUUAAAGAAACCUUUAUGUAAAAUAGAAGACUUAUUUGUCUGUUUAAAAAGGAAAAAAAAGAAAAAAAAUAAUUUGAUUCUGGGUGUGAAGUGAUAUAUGAGCUCUUGAUGGGGAGAAUUAUGUUAUUUUGCUUUGAAUAUGAAGUGUCUUUGGAGAUGUACAACUUAUAGAGAAUAUUGUAUGCUAUAGGGGAGCAAUACAGUGCGGUGAAAUUGCGCCAUUAAACAUUCACUGAAGCACUUUGUCAACAUCCUGAGCUUGAGGUAAAUUUUGUUAAGAAUGUGCUUGAUUUUUCUUUUUCUUUUUUUGGGCGCUGCGGUGUGCUGUGAUCUGCUCUUGAGUGUGUGUGUGUGUGCGUGUGAUGGGAGCCAGAGAAAAUGAAAAUAGAAUCACCUGCCUGCAGUUCCUCCUCUCUUCCUCUCUCUGCAGUCCACUAAUGAUUGACGAGGUGGAUUUUUUGGGCUUCGUCUAAGUUGAGUGAUAGCCAUUGCUUCCUUCUUCCU